AUGGUCCGCUACGCUGCAACCAGCAUCGACAACGCAAAGUCCGCCCGGGCUCGCGGCAGCUACCUCCGCACCUCGUUCAAGAACACCCGCGAGACAGCGCAGGCGAUUAACGGAUGGAAGCUUGAGCGCGCUCUUGCUUUCCUCAACAAUGUGCUGGAGAAGAAGGAGGCCGUUCCCAUGAGGCGAUAUGCCGGCAGCACUGGCCGGACCGCGCAGGGCAAGGCAUUCGGUGUCUCCAAGGCCCGCUGGCCGGUCAAGUCCGCCGAGUUCCUCCUCGGUCUCCUCAAGAACGCUGAGGCCAACGCCGAUACCAAGGGCCUCGACACCAGCAACUUGGUCGUUAAGCACAUCCAGGUCAACCAGGCCCCGAAGCAGCGGAGGCGCACAUACCGUGCCCACGGCCGUAUCAACCCCUACAUGUCGAACCCAUGCCACAUCGAGCUCAUCCUUACCGAGGGUACCGAGGCCGUGCAGAAGUCCCCGCAAGCCCUUGACCGCGCCCGAUUGAACUCCAGGCAGCGUGGCCGUGAGGCCCGCCGGGCCAUCACUGCUGCGUAG